AUGAUGGAAGCACAUGCUUGUUCUACUCUGAUGGCUGUUGGUGUCAAGCUUAGUUCUACAGACAGUGAACCUUUUCAAGAUCCUGGUUUAUACCGUAGUACUGUAGGGGCCUUACAAUAUCUCACUUUGACCAGGCCAGAUAUCAGCUUCACAGUCAAUAAGCUAAGCCAAUUCUUACAAGCUCCAACGGAGUUGCAAUGCCAAGCUUGUAAACGAGUGUUAUGUGAUGGAGCACUUGCAUCCAAUCCUGUGUUUCAUGCCAGAACAAAACACAUUGAGAUUGAUGCUCAUUACAUUCGCGAACAAGUUUUGGCAAAGAAGGUAGCUAUUCAAUAUGUUCCUUCCAACUUAUAG